UAUUCCAAUAUCAAAUCUACAAGUCCUGUUGGCAGUGCAUAUGAUGAUUCAGGUUAUAACACUCCUUACAUUCCUUCCCCGGUGAAACAUCCAAGUUCUCCAGUUAUGCCUGGGAUGAACCCUACUCAUCCACCCAUUAAUCCGAUUCCUACUCAUCAAGUUCCAUAUGGUGGUCGUCCAGCAGAUCCCUAUAGCGACAGUGCUUUGUCUAAAGGAAUGUAUUCUACCUCUUCUACAUCCUCACCAAAUCCCGGUCCAACCAAUCAUGGUCAAGAAAACCCCCUUAGCCCAACUAGUGCAUACUCUAGCAAACCUUUCCUUGAUUAUGAUGAUGAUGAUGAAAAACGCGCAAAACCGGGUGGACUAAUGAAAUAUUGCUGUUGUGGUGGUCGCAUCACUUGUUGCAAGGCCUGUGCAAUUAUAUGUUGUAUCCUUGUUUUACUUAUUAUUGGAAUUGCAGCUGCUGUUUUAUUAUGGGCACGUCCUCCAAAAGUCGAUUUCUUGGGCAUUGUUCCUUCGCCCAACGGUUUACCAGCAUACAAUGCUAAUACCGCAGGAUUUGAUUUUAAUUUUGGUUUACAAAUCCAAGUCGAUAAUCCAAAUAUAGUUGGCGCAAAUUUUGAAAUGAUCAAAGCAAUUGCAUUUUAUCCCGGACAUUCAGAUCCAAUUGGAGGCGGAAAUUUGACCGAUGUGACUAUCGCAGCUAAAGGAAAAACCAUUAUUGAUUUUCCAUUCUCUGUAAAUUACAAUAAGGAUAUUGAUCCAGGAUUUGCUAUCCUUUUUGACAUUGCCCAAAAAUGUGGAUUAACCGGAGGAGGAGAGAAACAAAAACUGGAAAUCGACUAUAAAUUAACACUGACAAUCAAAAUUCUUUUAAUUACCAUAAACCCAAGUUUGGAUAGGAAAGCCAUGAUUGAUUGCCCAAUUAAGGAUGGAAAAAUACCUAAUAUACCGGGUUUUGACAUAGGUAAAGCCGCAAAACAAAUUGGUGGUAAAAGAGAUUUAUCAACCAAAACACCAAAAAGACCCUAUUAGCAAAAAAAAAGAAAAAAAAAUAAUGUUGUGAAUAUUUAUUCAUCUAUUUAUCUAUUUAUUUAUUAUUUAUAUUGUAAAAUCAUUUUUUAAUAAAAAAAUUUUAAUAAUAAUAUAAUAUGUCG